AUGGACUCCGAACCCCAUAUCUCUAUUGAAAGCGAGACAACGGAGGAGCAAACGCCAGUAAUCCUCGAUGGGAACCAGAUCAGCCAAACAGCCUUCAGCUCGUUCCCAGACACGAAAUACGGCACCGUGGUCUGGCAAACACUCCUCUCCAAGCCCAGCACCAGCUCCGACUCCAUGUGCGUAGGGAUCGCGACCUGUCCCUCCAACGGAACACUCGCGCUGCACCAGCAUUCUCAGGCAGAGGUCUACUACGUGCUCGAGGGGUCGGGGCAGGUUGAGAUCGAAGGGGUCAGGCACCAUGUCAAGGCGGGCACCGUCCUUUGGAUUCCAGGGAAUGCGAUGCAUGGCGCCUUUUGCGGGCCUGAUGAGUCGCUCAAGUGGCUUUAUGUCUUUCCCGAAGCAAGGUUCGAAGAUGUCAUUUACAGGUUCAAAGAUACAUAG